AUGAAGGAUCGCUACACGACACUGGACGUGGUGGCGGCUGUUCAGGAUCUACAAACGGUCGUUGGAAUGCGUGUCUACAACAUCUACGACAUUAACUCAAAGACAUAUCUGAUUCGUUUUAAAGACAAAGACAAGAAAGCGGUGAUCAUGUUUGAGUCUGGAAUUCGGAUCCAUUUGACCGAACGAGAUUGGCCGAAAAAUCAAAUCCCGUCUAGUUUCAGCAUGAAAUUACGAAAACACGUCAAAAACUCUCGCCUCGAGUCUGUAAAACAAGUUGGUAAUGAUCGCGUGGUCGAUCUUCAUUUCGUAGACAAGGACGGAAGUGUUCAUGUGAUUCUUGAACUUUACGAUCGGGGAAAUAUUCUACUAACCGAUGGUCAAUACACAAUUCUCAACAUUCUUCGUCCUCGAACUGAUAAAGACAAAGAUGUAAAGUUGAGUGUCAAAGAGAUCUAUCCAGUGGAACUUGCUAGAAAUGAUGCGACAAUUACGACGCUCGAAAACCUGCAAAGCGCUAUUCAGACGGCAAAAAAGGAGAAAUGU